CAACAUUUGAGUAUUCUUUCAGACUUGUAUGUGAGUCGUAGGACUAAAUAUUAGCUACUGGAAAAAAGCUUAGCUUAUUUGUUAUUUGUUGUUUGUUGUUUUAAUAGCUAUGUAAUUUUCAGUAGUUAACAGAUUAGACUGAUAUACACAUUCAAUGAAAGUAGUAUUCAUCAUGGUGUUACAACCAUCUUUGACUGCUCGUGAUCAGUGAAUGUUAUGCACAUUCUAAUUCCCACUUCAACACAUUUUUGAAUCAUUCCUUGUAAUGUUUCAGAUUGUUGUAACAGCCAUUAUGGAAAACAUCAAACAAUUUGUGAAAGAUGCUGAAGGCUGCGACUUUGUAAGGUUCACUCUUGCCGAUUUCAAUGGAAUACCACGUGGUAAACUCACACACAUCAAGAACUUUGAAAGAUUCUGUCAGGAUGGAUUAAACAUGGUUAUUGUUUCGGUAGGAUUAGGUCCAAGUUCAGAGGUCCCCAACAUUCCAAAAAUUACUGAGCUUGGAUUCCCUGAUGGUCCAAUGAUUCCUCAACCAGGGACAUUCCAUAAGCUACCAUGGGCUGCAAAUGGGAAGUACCAAGUGGGAGAGGUACUCUGCGAGCAAAACUGGCAGCAUGAUAAUUCUCCAACCCCUGUACCGAGAGCAAUCGCAAGGCAGCAAAUUGAACGCUUGGAGAAAAUGGGAAUGAAAAUACUAUCUGCCACAGAGGUUGAAUUCCAGAUUCUUGAGAAGGACACCCUUGAACCAGUGUUCCCCGGUCAGGAUAUAUUUGUCCAAUCUACCAUGGCACAGUUUGAAGAGCUCACAUUUGAUAUCAUUACAAAUCUCAAAGAAGUUGGAAUAGAAACAGAAAAUUUCCAUCCAGAGCAAGCCCCGGGUCAGAUGGAGAUUGCAAUGAAGCCAAUAUUUGGUUUGAAACAAGCGGAUAACAUUUUUGUAAUGAAACAAGCCAUCAGAGAGAUAUGUGCCAGUAAAAACCUCACAGCCACAUUCAUGACAACGCCAUACAAGAGCUAUCCCCUACAUCCUAACCUCCAUGCAUUCAAUGGCUUCCACUUCAACCAUUCCCUUUGGGACAUUGAAUCAGGGGCCAACAAGCUAUACGAUGCAACUAAACCUAAUGGCUUAUCUGAGCUUGGAUCAUACUGGAUCGCUGGGUUAUUAAAGCAUGCUCCUGCUCUCUGUGCCCUACAAUGCCCAACCGUGAAUUGUUCCAGACGAAUUGGUCAACCAUGGUGCCCAGACAAGAUCAUAUGGAGCAUCGGCAGCCGCCUAGUUUUCACCCGGGUCAAGAAGCAGGGAGAACCUGGUUUAUACUUGGAAAACAGACUACCCUCAGCAGCUGCAAAUCCAUAUUUGGUCAUGGCUAGUACAAUAGCGGCUGGUAUAGAUGGCAUUAUUAACAAAAUGCAACUGCCAAUAGAAAAUGACCCCAAUGCUGCAAGCUUUCCCAGGACUCUAGAAGAAUCCCUCAAAGCUCUCAAAGAGGACAAAGUCAUGUGCAGCGCCCUCGGGGAGGAGUUUGUAGAGUGGUAUACAAUUGCCAAGACUGAAAUGGAGGUAGCUGUUUUCAAAGAAUUAGACCCGACACCAGAAGCUUUGGAGGCUGAGAGAAAAAUGUAUCUCAAGUUUAUCUAAGCUGGGAGGAUAUCGAUGACAGGGAGAUAUGAACAUUUCAACAAUAUGUUUAUCAAUUCCACAUGUAUUGUUUUGUUUUUUUUUCAAUAUUUUCACAUGUAUAUUUAACUAAGAAAUCCAAAUAAAUAAUAAUAAUAAUCACACAAUUACUUGUUUUGAUGUCAAAAUGGAAAUAAUUAGUAAUACUAAUCUUAUGAACAUCAAUAAAGGCACAGAAAACACAAGUGAAGAGUAAGAGAUUCGUUCAACAGGUACACAAAAACAUAUCUUUUACCAGUUCUAUUUACUGAACAAUCAUGGUAAAUAUAACCAUGGUAAUAUAACAAUAUUUGUAAUCACGCUGAAUUUUAUAUCAAUACGGAAAAUAACCAAUUCUUUUCAGUAAUAAUAAACAUUGUCUACAUAUAAUGAAAAAAUUAUUUGAGCUAUUGAAUGCUUCCCUCAUAUAAACAUUGUCUUCACACAAUAAACGUGUACAAAUAAUGAGCAUUACACAAUACAUGAGAUAAUGAAGAUUAUAAUCAGUACUUAUUGUCUUUAGAUAAUAGACAUUGUAUUUAUUGUACUCAAAAUAAUGAACAUUAUCUUUAGAAUUAGAUGUUACACUGUCUUUAAAUACAGAACAUUCAUUAUCAAAUUAAUGAACAUUAUCUUUACAAUUAGAUGGUGUUCAUUGUCUUUUGAUAUUUAACAUUCAAUCUCAAAAUUACGAACAAUAUGAUUAUCAUCAACCCUCAUAAUACUUAUACUUGAUGAUAAACAUCUAUUACAUUGUAGAAUAAUUCUUUUUGAAAACUAAUACUGAAUGAUAAAAACACAAUAAUGUGCAACAUAUUAUGAAUUUCAAAUCAUGGAAAAAGUAAUAUUAUUAUUUUGGGUAUUUAAUUGAUAUAUGACUUCAAUAUAGGACAUUGUGUGAUUUCACAUUUACAUGCACGUUCUCUUAUAUAAUAUACACUCUACUAUACCUAACCCCUAGAAAUGCAUAAGAUACUGUUUGUCUAAUUGUAUUGUUUAGUGUACAUAUUUGCAAGUACCUUAUUAACAAGUCCACAUGUAUUGUAUUACCCUACUAUCACACCAAACUAGUUCUCACCACGUUCUCGAAAACGGGCUUCAAAUGUGUACGAACGGACUGGACGUAAUUAGAACCGCUUGGGGUCUAUUUACAAACUUCAUC